AUGAGUAUCCGCGCAUGUGCUCGAGGACAUCGCGUUUAUCUUGUUUCGCUCCGUCUUCUCUUCUUCUCUUCAAGCCUCUCACCCACCACCACCACCACCACCAUAAUUGGCUGUGAGCCCCCCCGCAGUCAUACGUUCUCAUACCCCAGCAUCCUACCAAUUCCUAGUCCCUUUCCCAAUCAUGUUCUUAUCAAACCACCACCGCCACCACCACCAACCACCGACAGCCGUAAGCCUUCCCGCAGCCAUACGUUCCGAUACCCUGGCAAGAUCACAACACUUCUCUCAUACCCCAGCAUCCUAUCAACCUACCAAUGCCCAGUCCCUUUCCCAACCAUGUUCUUUUCUGAAACUCUGCUGACCUCCUUCCCGCAGCCAGACGUUCCCAUACCUUCGCUACCCCACAACCCUACUAUGAUACCUCAGCACCUGACUACCUAUCAUUCGAAACGCCUUGAUCCUUUCCCCAUUUUCUACAUCUUUGGACCUUUGCUAACUCUUGACAUGCUACAAUACAGUCCAACAAAAGUAUAUUUCCAUUUCCAACCUGCUGGACCAACCCUAUCGUCUUGGGCCGAAAAUGCUACAACUGCGGCAAGCCCGGCCACCUGGCACGAGGAGGAGGGCCUGGCGGCGGUGUGCCGCUUCCUGGGGGCGGCAGCUAUCGCCCAGCGCGACCGCCGCGGCGGUACGUUGUCCCAUCCAAGUUUUCCCCACCCGAUCGUUACCGUUCUAUCAAUACCCUUGCGUCGUCGUUCUGUCUUCGUUCUCACCGUUCUCCAUGUUCUCAACGCUUGUUAUCGCAACUGGCCUAUAACAUACCUGCUUUUCCGUUCAAAGUUCUUCAACAAGCGGGGGGGGCGGGGCGGCAAGGCCGCCAAAAAAGCCAAGAAGGCGGCGGCGGCGGCGGCGGCGGCGGCGGGUGCU